GACUGUCAUCGUGUGUCAUCUGUCAAACACUUUGAAUGUUGUUUACUAGGAAAAAAUUUGUAUCGGUCAAUUGCGCAUUUUGCCGGUGCGGCGAUUUAGUUUUUUUUCUCUCACAUUAGUUAGCAUUUAGUCAGAAUUUUUUUUUCUGCACAAUUCAGAAAAGUGUUGCUUUGUUGUGGUCCGAUAAUUUGGCAAUCUGGAUGACUAUAAAGAAGUGAUGAUAGCCGCAUCUGAACCUCUGGAAUUUAUUCCCCGUGGUCGUCAGACGGCUACAGAGCAUCCGGAACGUGCGAAUGUGCGAAAGCCAGUUCAAUUUUCAGCUGAAAAUCUACUGUUAAAUCGAUUGAAAAAUGUAAACUUAUCAUCGGAUAGUUCAUCGUCGACUGAGUUUUGGUGCAUUCAAGAUGUCAGCCGGGAUUUUACUAAAUUGGACGAAUGCAUACAAACGACAGCACAUGUCGAUGAUGAGCUGUGCAAACGUGACGAAGAGCAUGAAUUGUAUGCGAAAGGCUGUGUGGCUGUAUGGACGAAAGGUGCUUUUGUCGGGGACAAACCACGAAAAUUGCCAACAACAUGCUUUACCGUUCAGUCAACCAUUCGAUUUGCAUUUUUCUGCCCGAGUUCAUUCUUCAAAGCACCGAAUCCGGAUAAGCGAGACGAAAGACAGCGGAAAACCAUUUUGGAAUUUGAUAGCAAAACGCGAGAAGACUCAAUGAAAUUCGGCAUUUGCCUCAUUGAUUCAGAAACAUUGCGCGUGUAUUCGCCGUGUGGUGAAGAUUAUCGCACUAGUUUUCCGUUUCCAAUUUCGAAUGUCAUGCAAACCAAAUACGGAUUACUGUUGGAGAAGAACGCAUCAUCGGCAACAGUUGACGAUGUGCAUUCAUUGGCCAUGCCACGUCUUUAUUCACUAAGCCAUCCAUUGAACGAUAUUUGCCCGAUACUCAUGAAAACGCUGAACGGUCACAUCAAUUUUGUCACAGAGGCCCGAAUUUCGGUCGCAUUCACCGUUGUUGAACAUAACUUGGUUAUGAUUCACGAUGGCAAAAUUGGCAAGCAUAUUCUGUGCAAAUUACGAAAAGCCACACAAGAUGAAAAGCAAAAAGUUGGAGCGCUAACCGAAAAUGAUAUUUUCUCAUCGGAUUUAAACCUUUCGAAUAUGGAUUUGUACACCACGAGCUCCGUUCGAUUCGACGGAUCCGGCCUGAGUUUCAAACAAAAGAAUUCUCCGAUGCAAAAUCGCUCCAGCUUGGAUGCGUCUUCGUUACAUACGUCGAAACUGUUGAACAUGACACCAAAUGCACAGUCGCUUCGUUCAAAAUUGGGAAUUUCUUUCGAUAGUAAAACACAAAUGCAAUCACCCUACGAUCGUCUACAAUCAUCAUCUGAUGCUCCCAAUACGUUUGUUGAAGAUGAACCCAAAGUUGGAUAUGCAAAACCAUCGAAACCAAUUGUGCCCGAAUUAUGUCUUGAGAGCAUUUGGAUUGAAAGCAUCGGGACCAGAGAUUUUCCCGAUAUUGCGGCCCGUGGUUUUUUGCAUGUCGAUUUUAUCGGACAAAAAUUCAUAUGUUACUUGCUGAAGAAGACUGGCAUUUUGAUGAUGUACCGAUUGGAAAAGUCCAAUUCACCAGACAUACCAACGGUGGGCAAGUCUUCGUCUGUACCGGCCAAAGAUGCGAUUAAUGUUCCCUCAUUGAAAGUGAUUGCGAUUCUGGCGCAUUGCGGAUCAUUGAUUCUGUACAGCGGUUCAAUAUUGAUUGGCAAAGUGGAUAUUGGAAGUAUAACUUUACCUCGCCAACCGCAAGUGGCUCAAACUGUUCAAUCGGCAUUUCCGCGGCGAAGUAGCUUAUUGCCAACAGUAUCGGCGACCGAAUCUAGUUUUGACGACGAAGUACAUUUAUUGUCACCCGUCUAUCCAUUGCAUUCACAGUACAAUUUGCGAAGUAACAGCAGUAGCAGUACAUGUUUGAGUUUACGCGAUGUUUGUAGUAAUCGAGUCACUUUGCAGUACACAAAUGACACCAUGUAUCGUAUAACACUGCCCCCAUUGAGUGAGUGUCCCUUGGUGACAAAGUGUUUGGUUGUUUUGCGCACCGUUCUGAAACGCGAUUUGGCAAUUUCAAUCAUAUCCAAAUGGUAUAGCGUGCGAAAUACGCGUGGCUCACAGGACAUUAGCUAUGAGAAUGAGUGGAUAACGUUUCAUAAUUACCUACUGAAUGCAAUGGGUCGAACAUUUAUUUCGACAAAAACAUUCGCAUCCGCACCGAAUAUUGCAGGACCAUCUCGACUAUCAACCGGCGACAAUAAGAAACGUCGCAAAACGGAUGAUCCAGUUGGGUCAGAUUAUGAUUUCCAAUAUUUAUUGGCUGUAUUGAACAAAACUAAUACGGAUCCUAAGAAAACCGUCAAAGAAUCCAAGUCCAAACGUCGAAUCGAUAUGAAUUCAACACUUGCACCGUAUAUUCCGAUCAUAUUUUUCUCAUUUCAUUUGCUGUACGAAGAAAUGAAGUUCGAUGAAACGCUAAAAACGCAACGAACAAUGCUUUCGGAGUUUUUGAAUCAGUUGGCGCUUGAUUUGCAAUUGGAUUCAUAUUGUUUACACUAUUUCUUAGAUUGUCCCGACUUAGUUCUGAUGUAUGGUAAUGGAUCGAUAGCUGAACUUGACCGUAAUGUAUUGUACGAUCAACAUUGUCUAACUCUGAAAAUUCCAAGCAUUUAUGGUAUUAUCAAUGACCUGUUUACGAAUGGUGAAGAUGCAUUUUCACCCUACCCGUAUAUUCCAAGUGUGAAUCCGAUUAGUAAGCAAAUUAUCGAGCUGAUUGCAAUGGUGACAAGCGAAGGACUCAUCGAUGGAACGUAUCAGUUUAAUGCACUCAAGCAAAAAGAUCAACCGAUGGAAAUAAAUCGAACAAAAUUAAGCGACGAAGAAAUUCGAUCAAAAGCCCUCGAACAAUUAUUGACAAUGAAUCUAUCGAGAAAGCAAAUGUCACGAUUUCCGCCAUCGAUUCACUUUUUAAUUGCCGAAAUAUUGGAGAGCUGCCGAGUUGAUAUACCAGCCGUCAAUGAUGUUCGAGCCUUCGGUUUGAUUUGUCGACCGGAACUAUUCAGCAACACAUUAUUCGAUCCAACAAAAGAGAUUUCAUCGCGCAAACAUAGCAGUUUUAAAACGGAGAAUUCGUUGACAUUGCGAGGUCAAUCGGCUUCGGAAAGUGCAGCCAAUGCAAAUGUCAACAGUGAUGGAAUGGCACACAUUUACACAAAAUUGAUUCGAUUGCGAUUCCCGAAGGAUUUACGCAUUGAAGAUGUCCGCCAAAUGUUGGCCAGUUCAAGUCCAGUUGUUGUGGAUAUUGUUCAAAGACUUGGCGUUUCCGAUCAUGAUUUUAUCGAGGAACGAGAACGACAAUUACUCUCAAUUUGCACACGUACCAUGUCGCUGCCAGUUGGUCGAGGUAUGUUAACACUGGAAACAUUUUCUCCGGCCGCCACCGAGUCAUUUGACAUUCCAAAACUGUGUUUGACCGGAAAAGAGAAGGAAAAAGGCGCAAUCAUCGAGAUGUCUACCAUUGAAGUGCCGGCAAAUAUGAAUAUAUGGCCAUUGUUUCAUAAUGGCGUCGCCGCUGGGUUACAACUAACAGCUGAAAGUAAGAACAUCGACUCGGCGUGGAUUGUGUACAACAAACCGAAAUCACAGAACGAUGGCACCACAGAACAUGCCGGGUUUUUGAUGGCACUUGGUUUAACCGGUCAUUUGAAAAUAUUGUCAUCGAUGAGUUUGUACGAUUACUUGGUGAAGUGCGAUGAAAUGACUAAUGUUGGAAUUUUAAUUGGAAUGUCAGCGGCACAUAGAGGAACUAUGGAUACAUCUACCACGAAACUUCUCUCGAUUCACAUUGAAGCUCUUCUGCCGCCAACAGCACUCGAGUUGGAUAUUUCGCAAAAUGUUCAGAUUGCAGCCAUCAUGGGCAUUGGGCUGCUGUAUCAAGGAACAGCCAAACGGCACAUUGCCGAGGUUUUGGUGCAGGAAAUUGGUCGUCCUCCAGGACCUGAAAUGGAAAAUUGUGUCGAAAGAGAGUCGUAUGCGUUGACAGCCGGAUUGGCAUUGGGUUUAGUAACACUUGGCAGAGGUGAAACCGCACCCGGAUUGGCUGAUCUCAAACUGCCAGACAUUUUACAUCGUUAUAUGACUGGCGGUAGACGAGACAUGCUAACAGGUACUCAAAAGGAGAAAUACAAAUUCCAAUCGUUCCAAGUGCGCGAAGGUGAAACGGUAAACAUUGACGUUACCGCACCGGGUGCCACUUUUGCACUCGGAUUGAUGUUCAUUCGAACUGGUAACAAAUCCGUUGCAAGUUGGAUGGAUCCACCAGAUACUCAUGCCGUUCUGGAUCAUGUUCGGCCAGAUUUACUUCUGCUACGCGUCAUUUCACGUGGUUUGAUCCUUUGGGAUGAAAUUAAACCGACGAAAGAAUGGCUUCGAAGCCAAUUUCCAAAGUGGUUACAAAUUGAUCUUCAGAAAGUUCCAAUAACUAUCGACGACUCAGUUGCUGAUCAUGAAUCGUUUGCUCAAGCCUAUUGCAACAUUACCGCUGGAGCAGCAUUUUGUUUGGGACUACGCUAUGCCGGUACACAAAACGAAGAAGCCACAGCCAUUUUGGAUCAAAUCUUCAAACUAUUCUUGAACUCAAGCUCCGUGUAUCUUACGGAAUGUGCGGGAAAACCAACGGUUGAAUCAUGUCUGAUGCUUGUUCUCUUGGCCAGUUCACUGGUGAACGCUGGCAGUGGUGAUCUAAAAGUUCUGCGGCGAUGUCGUAUGCUAAGGAAUCGACUUGGUUCGGGUUAUUCGCAUGUUACAUACGGUUCUCAUAUGGCUGUGCACAUGGCGAUUGGCUUCCAGUUCUUGGGUGCUGGUCGCUUCACUCUAUCACGCUCUCCGGAAGCAAUAGCUGCCUUGAUUUGUGCUCUGUUCCCAAAGUUUCCAAUUCACAGCAACGACAAUCGUUAUCAUCUGCAGGCGUUCCGCCAUUUAUAUGUGUUAGCUGUCGAACCGCGAAUCGUUCUGCCUCGUGAUAUUGACACCGGAAAAUUGUGUCCGUGUAACAUAACCUACACGACUGUAGACGGUAAGACUGUUUCAAAAAUGGCACCGUGCAUGUUGCCAGAGCUCAACGAAUUGUCUGAAGUUUGCUUCGAAGAUCCAAACUACUGGUUGAUCAAGUUCAAGAAGGGAUUUAACUGGGAAGACUUUGAGCGAAUCAUAAGAAAAUGCAAUUGUGUCGAUAUAAAGCAAAAGGCCGGCUGUGUUUCUCACAUCGAUGAUCCGACCAAUUUGCGAAGUACAUUUGCCUACACUCUCAGCACUGAACGCUAUGUUUGCUGGCGCACUCAUCCAUUGAAUCUGCUUGCAUUCACUAACAAUUCAAAAGUGCAAAAUUUUAUCAACAAAUUUUUAACCAGUGAAGAUGAAUUGAGUGAAGACUCAAAAUUCUUGCAGUUAUUUAUGCUACAAUUUUACCAUUGCUUAACAAAGGAUACGAUGCAUGCACUUUACAUUUAUGUCGAUCUGUUGAUGUCGUAUUUCCGUUUAAUAGCCUCGCCAGAGAGUUUCGAUGUUUGGCAACUGAAAUUGAUGCAAACAAUCGUGAAAUACCGACCGAGCAACGUGAUUCUAUCGGCUGAACAUUUGAAUGCUUUGGUAAAGCGUGUGGAAACAUUGAUUGAAACAAAAAUCAUCGAAUACGCAGGAUAUUUGCAACAAUUUUUAUAUGCACCAAAUAUUUCAUUCCUGUGCACACUCGAAGAUAAGGAAAAACUGCGCAAUAUCGCUGCACUAAUCCAAUUCCUUGAUAUCCCCAUUAACAUAAUAAAUCAGAUUAAUGUCGGCGAAAAUCAAGUGCAAAUGGAUUAUUUGCGAUUGAUCAUGGAAAUGAAACGAGUCAAGGUCAACACCGAUAUGACUUUAAUUAUCACCAAAAUAUUAAAUGCUCCCGGUUUUUAAAACCACUUUGUUAUCUCAUAUCAUUUUAGAAAAAUGAAUAAAAACCACUUCUUUGCAAAAAAAAAA